AUGUCUGAAGUUUUCAGCAGUUAUGAAGUAGAAUUUGAAAAAUAUUAAUAAUAAAUCUGUUCACUGAUUAGAUAAACAUAAAUAAAUCAAUCAAAUGAAACUUUUAAUGAGAUAAGUUAAAUUUUCAGCGAUUUGCAGAAUUGUGUAAAAUGAUUAUUUUUAUGAGUUUAGUUAUAAUAAAUGGAUAUUGAAUCAACAAGUGUACCCUAAGCAGAUAGAUAAGAAUUGAAAAAUAAAGUGAAAACAUAUAAAUCAGAGACUGAAGCAUUAAAAAAAUAAUUUAAAAUAAUAUAGGAUGAGAUUUAAUCUUAAAAAGUAAAGGAUUCUUUAUUUGGUGAAUAAGAAAAUUAAUAAAUAUAAUUUAUAAAUACUUAAGAUAAAUUAGUCAAAUAAACAAUAUAAUUGGAAGAGGCAAAAAAAGUAUGCUUUGAAAUAGAAUAAAUAUCUACGAACAUUUAGGUUUAAUUAAAUGGUUAAACGGAGAUAUUGGAUAGAAAUAUCAAUAAAAUGCCAGAAAUUUAAUAUGACUUAGGAGAAUCGAAUAGUACAUUGUCAAGAAUUUAAUAAAAGAUGAGAGAACGCAAAAUUAUUUUCCUAAUAGUAUUGGCUAUUUUUUUGACUGGAAUCUCAAUUGUGUUAGUGUAUAAAUAUGCCUGA